AAAAAAACACCAUUUUGGUUCCUACAUUUUAGGGUCACAGUCAAUUUAGUCCCUACAUUUUGAUAGCAAUCUAUUUGGUCCUUAUUAUUUUUAACUUUUAAUCAAUUUGGUUCCUACCGUUAACUCACUAAGGAAAAGUGCCUACAUGGCAAACAGAGUGCUUAGUUGGCACAAUUAAAGUUGACAUGGCUCCUAAAAUACUACUAAAAAAAAUGUCAUGUCAGCAUCUGAAUAAAAAAAUUAAUUUAAAAAAAAAAAAAAAAAAAAACCAAAAAAAAACCAAAUGAUCUUGAACACGAACCCAGAUCUAGGAACCCAUGCCGGUAGGUAAUUAGGUUGAUUCAGGUUAGCUUUUGCGGGUUAGUAGAUUAGCUACACACCCCUACAUGUGGGGUUUUCAUAAUUAAACUCGUAAUAAUCUAAUACUAAUCAUAAGUUCUAACACUAUAUAAACCAUCUAACCUUUCAAGCCUCCACCAUAAAAACCAUUGAAUUCUCUUUCAAAAGCCAUCUCUUCAAAACAUUGUUGACUUGUACAUUGUCCAAAUGGAACAAAAACCCCACAUAGCUAUUCUAGCAAGUCCAGGGAUGGGACAUCUCAUCCCUCUUGUUGAGUUUGCGAAGCUACUUGUUCAUCACCACGACUUACACGUCACUUGUAUCAUUCCAGUACUUGGGUCUCCAUCCAAAGCCAUGAAAGCAGUUCUUCAAGCCCUUCCCACCACCAUAGAUCACGUCUUUCUUCCUCCUAUGAUAUUGGAGGAGGAGGAGAUCAAAGGCCUAAAGUUUGAAAUCCAAACUAUUCUCACCUUAACUCGCUCACUGCCACCUCUCCGAGACGUGUUAAAGUCUACUCGAUUUUCUGCUUUUGUAGUCGAUCCUUUUGGAAUUGAUGCACUAGAUAUUGCCAAAGAACUCAACAUUUCACCCUACAUUUUCUUCCAUGCAAAUGCUUUCACUUUGUCUUUGGUUUUUCAUUUGACAAAGCUGGACAAGACAGUUUCAUGUGAGUAUAGAGACCUACCAGAACCAUUGAAACUUCCGGGGUGCAUACCUAUUCACGGUCGAGAUCUUAUGGAACCGGUUCAAGAUCGAACCAGUGAGUCGCACAAAAUGAUUCUUCACAGCGCAAAACAGUUUCGAUUAGCUGAAGGUAUUAUCAUUAAUACCUACAUGGAAUUGGAAGGAAGUGCCAUAAAAGCUUUGUUAGAUGAAGAAGCUAAAAACCUUCCACUUUAUCCAGUUGGACCAAUCCAAAGUGGUUCAAGCAAUCAGGUUGAAGAGUCAGACUGUUUAAGAUGGUUGGACAAUCAACCACAUUGUUCUGUCUUGUUUGUCUGUUUUGGGAGUGGUGGGACUCUCUCAUAUGAACAAACAAAUGAGCUAGCCUUGGGAUUGGAAUUGAGUGGCCAAAAGUUCUUAUGGGUUGUAAGAACCCCAAACAAUGAAUCCGCUGAUGCCACAUACCAUAGUGACCAAACUCUCGACAAUAACCCUCUUGCUUUCUUACCAAAAGGGUUCGUAGAGAGGACUAAAUGGCAGGGUCUAGUGGUUCCCUCUUGGGCACCACAAGCCCAAGCGCUUAGCCAUGGCUCCACGGGUGGGUUCUUAACUCAUUGUGGUUGGAAUUCGACCCUAGAGAGUAUUAUGCAAGGCAUACCAUUGAUUGCUUGGCCGCUUUACGCAGAACAAAAAAUGAAUGCACCAUUAUUAGCUGAGGAUCUAAAAGUGGCACUGAGGCCAAAAACUAACAAAAAUGGUCUAAUUGAUCGAGAGGAAAUUGCAAAAGUUGUAAAGGAUCUCAUGGUUGGAGAAGAAGGGAAGAAAGUUCGUAAUCGUAUGAAAGAUAUAAAGAUCGCUGCUGAGAAAGCAUUAACUGCAGAUGGAUCUUCUACAAAGGCACUCUCUGAAUUAGCAUCCCAAUGGAAAAAUCAUCCUGGCUUUUAGUACAUGAUACUUUUCUUGCAUUUCGACUUUAUUCUUCAAUUGUUUUUCUUUUAGGUUGUCUGUUCUUAAUUUCUUAUUUUGUAACUUUAUCGUGUAUUGCAUAUUUGACUGUACCAUGCCUUUAUAAUUAUAUCGUUUGGUUCUUUUUA